GGUGAGUGCACUAACGUGCCUGGAGGCCGUUUUAAUGAGUGUUUGCUGGAAAACCAAAAAUACAAGAAGGAUUUGUACGUUUUCACAAUGGGGGAGUUUGCAUCUACAGAUUUGGGAUUAGCUACAGGCUCCUCCACCCCUGCUGGCUCUUCUGUCCUGCCCAGGAUGGCGCCCCCGGUGCCCCCUCGUCAGGUCCAGCAGUCCUACCGUCCAUCCAACAGCUCCUUCUCCCCUCUUACAGCCUCUAUGGGAGCUCCAUCUGUGGUGGCUACAGCCUGGGAGGAUACAGACACACACCUCACCUUGAAGACGUCCCCCCCAGCAGACACUAACUGGGCGAGCGAGGAGGACGACCACGUGGUGGCCAGAGGAGAAUAUGACUUGACAGCUGCUUCUCAGGAGGAGCUUUCUAUGCGAGCUGGAGAGAUGCUCAACCUCGCUCCUAAAGAGCUACAGCCCCGUGUGCGUGGCUGGCUCCUGGCCAGUGUGGACGGUGAGACCACAUGCUCGUCCCAGCCAACUACGUUAAGAUCCUCAGCAAGAGAAGAGACCGCCGGGCCACAGAUAUGAGAGGCUCGCUCAGGCCCAGCAGGCAAACACGCAGGCACCCCAAACAACCUCGUCUGCACAAAUACCCUAAUCUGUGCCUCUCCUGCAGCCCAUAAACGUACAGCAUCUACCCACAUCAUGUACAGUACUUGAAUGAUCCAUCUCGUCUUUCAGCUCAGUCUCGUCAGAUUCAUUAGGCUCAGCUGUGUCCCCCUCCUGUGUGCAGUUUCCUCGUUUCCCUCUGUGUGUAUUUAUAGUAGUGAUGGCCAAACAAAGCUUUCUGAAGCAUUGAAGCUUGUGUUGAAAAACGAUUCAUUACUGGAAGCUUUUUAACACAGUCCUCUCUGGUGACAUCUGGUGGUCAAAAAUAUGAAGAGCAGCUUGAAUCUACAAAAAAACUGAACUGCUUCAUUAUGAUUGCCCACUCUACACAGUGGAAUUCACAAUUCACAAUUGGACAUCACUGAUCACGUGACUGUGGCCAAACGAAUCAAGCAUCGACAGAGUGCUUCUGAAGCGGUGUGUUGGUGUUUUUUGACACACGCGCCGGAGCGUCAGCUUCAAGCGGGCCCUCACUAAUUUAUAGCAUUUGUCCUCUUGUGUGUGUUACUGGUCCGUCUGUGCUCCUCCAUGCUGUUUUUCCUGCUUGUCAUCCUUUGUGUUUUAACUCCAUUCCCUUGUGUCCAGGUUUGUUAUUUGGUUCUCAGCUUUCCCAGUUUAGGUUUUCUUAGUUUUGUUUCUCGCCUCCCUCGCCUUUGUUUGUAUGUCACUCUCCAUGAAUAAAGCUCACUCACAUCA